AAAGCCAUUUUCCUCUAACUUUGUAAAUCAUACCCACUGAUAUUUUCAUUCACGUUAAAAAUAUCCUCAGUGUGUUCCGAUAAAGUGCUUUCUUGCAGCGUUUGAAUGACAUUACAUAAUGAAGAGUAGAUAGUAUGUGGGCGACCUCAGACAACAGGUAGGUAGAAUGAAUGAAUGAAGAAUGCCCUCCGGUAGUGUAGCGUUCUCUAGCCGUCGUUACCAUCAUAAAGUAGGGUCUGCAUGUGAUAAACAUGACACGUGAGACAAUUAUAUACGUUGGCAAGUAAUCGAAAUGUGUUUGUUCGAUUAAUGCGCGUAGAUCAGGUUACACAGUACGAAAAACAGUUUAUGAGCUGAAAGGCAUUGGAUAGGUUGUGUCCGUGAAGGGUUAAACCAAUAAAAGCUUUGGCAUCCCUCUCUGAUAGCGUGGAAUGCAGUUGGACUGCACCACGAAGACGAAGUUGGCAGGAUUAGUUAGCGUUUGAGUGCUUUACUCAAAUACUGUCGGACUUCCGUGUAAGCCUUUGACUUCAGGUGCAGUGAACAUGACCGCAGGAUUGGAAAAGGCAUGUCACCGCUGCCUGUCUAAAAUAGCCAGUAAUGCUUACGUUGCGGUGGGACUCUUGGCUUUCUUGGCAUUGCCUCUCACUAUGGCACUUGUAGGAGCAAAGAACAUUGAUAACUGCCCAGUUCAGCCAAUGAUCCCUCUCUACUUGCUGGUUGGGGGAGUGGUUGGUAGCGUGAAGGUCUCCUUUCUUCUGUAUGACAUCAUGCACAUGCGCUCCCUGAUCUCCAAAUCCAUUGUCAUUGGCGACGAUGAUGCCGACGAGUAUCCGUGGCGACAGAACGCUCACCGUUACUACGUCCACCUGAUCCUGAGCACCUUCCUGUUCGUGUGGUUCCUCUUGGCCAACUACUGGGUGUUCUCGGUCUACACGCCCAACUUCAUCGCGCCCUUCCACCGGCCACAGGAGUACUGCAGGAAGUCCCUCUACAUGUUUGCAGUGUUCGUCCUGGCCCUCAGUCACACGGUGCUCGUGCUCCUGCUCUGCUGUGGGGUCUGGUUGCGUGUGUGCUCCAGAACCAGCACUCGCAGCGACUACGGUGAAGAUGAUGAUGAUGAUGAUAAUGAUAAUGACUGACUGAGGAGGGCAUCAGUUAGGAGAGUAUCGGCCUUCAGAUAACCAUCACGGUGGAAGUCCUAAGAGGAUGCCCUCACAGAGUUCAGUUAAAGUUACUGUGAACUGGAGAUGUUUGUUGUGUUAUUUGUGGGUACUGCAUGAUGCCAUGUGACACAAUCAAUGCCUGUUAGAAAGAAAAGAAGGGUUGAGAUGAAAUGCCUUGUGAUUGUGAGUUAUACAAAGUUGUUUCUCUUAGUGGUGUACAGUGCAAAGCUCUGUAGUCCUCUUCAAGUAUUUAUAUGUUUAUCUGUCCCAGAUAAUGACUGUAUAUACAGUCAUAUAGCCUCUAUAUACAGCCGAUGGUCCCAGGUGGGUACAGCUUUUGUUUCUUCACCACAUGCCUUGGCACCACCCGACCCUGGACUUUUAUGUGUGACAUCUUUAAUAAUGCUACACACUUUCAUUUUGGUGUAUAUUUAUAAAGAACAGUAAUAGCUUGUUUUCCACCUUGGGCAAAAUAUGUCCAAUAUUUUGUUUACAUUUCAGAGCUGUACACUCAUAGAUGUAGAAUAGCAGUAUAAAAGAAGUGUGUGAAGUGUUCAAAUCUACAUCCUUUCUUUGUUAGACCUUAUAAGGGUGAUUUUGUGAAAAAAAAGCCUAUUAAAUAAAUAUCUUGUUGGAACCACG